AUGUCCGACCCCUCCGUUGGACCCCUCGGCGAUCUCUCCGGCCUGACCUGGGAUCCCAUCCGAAAGAAAUACUUUCCCACGCCCCGCGAGACGCCCUCGGGUCCAUCCCGGGAUAGGGAUGAUCCCAUCCCCUUGUCUACGCCCGCUUCGAAGCGGCCAAAGGCGGAGCUCCCGCUCCGAGCGCACAGGGAUCUAUGUGAGUUGAUCGUCAGGGAAGGAAGGAGGGCGAUGGCGAUGAAGGGGAGGGGAUGGAGGUAUGGGCUGAUAACCAGGUCGACAGGGGAUCAUCUCGCUAGUCUGGCUUAUGAAGGGUUGGAUACGGGCUGUUCAUGCCGUAGCGAGCGGAUCACUACUCUACAGGCGGGUCUAGCCGUUUCGUUCAGAGAAGGCAGGGCUGAUGGGCAGACCUUCACUGGAGGGGCAUACCUUGCAGCUACGGACGGAGGAAAGGUGAUGAUGCAGGAUCUGGACGGGACGACGCAUCGGAUAGGCGUCUGCUCUGAUCCUCUCGUCGGCCUGCACUAUGACAUCGCUCGGAUGACCAUCAUGACCGUCUCCGCUGGCGACGAUCCCCACCUGCACCUCUUCAAACGGGACGACGACUCGGUAGACCAGCUCGCCGCUACGACCUUUGACCUCAAAGGUCUCGCCGACAAGGAGAUCAAAUGCGUCGCGUCCUACGAUGACGUCUGCCUGACAGUAGGCUCCAACAAAUCCCUCACUUCCGUCACCGACUAUGAAAAUCCCCUGACCGUUUCCCGCGCCCUCAUCUCCGACCCCCUCUGUAUGGACUUUGGCGAUAAUCCCAACAUUGUUUAUACCGGCCUCCGAAACGCAAAGGUCCUGAUGACGGAUCUGCGGACGCCGACUAGUCAAGCGGCGGCUUUGUGCCGUGUGCCAGGAGGCAAGGCGGUGAUUGGCGUGAAGAGACUGGAUGAUGGGGCGGUACCGUUCGGCCUUGUCGCGAGCGCUAUGGGCAAUGAACUAUUGAUUUACGAUACGCGAUUCGGUAGCUCCCCACUCCAUACCCUCCCCGACCACAUCAACAAGUUCAACUUUCCCCUCGAUCUGGCCGUCACCCCAGACUCGAAGUUCCUCUUUGCGUCGGGCAGCGAUCGCAGAAUAGGGCUAUGGUCGACCAUCACUGGCGAGCGGAUACAUCCUACGUCGGAAGAUGAACCGCCGGGACCGAGCAGUAAUCCCCUCAAGCGGAUAUUCCCGGGAAUGGUGCAGAAGCUGGCGGUGAGGGAGGAUUAUGGGCUGCUGGUGGGGUGCGGGGCGGAGGUGAUGCACUUUGGAAAGGCGAGGCCGGGAAGAGGGAGGCGUGACUUUGGGCACGGGAGUGGAGGGGACGACAGUGAGGAGAGUAUGGAUGAGGACGGGGAGGAUGAGAUGGCGCAGCGGGUGCGUUUAGAGGAGCUGGACUAG